CGACGAGCUCUGACCGAAGAGGUUGCUGGUGAAGGGAAUCGAUCCCGGAUCUCCCAAAAUAUUCUUAGAAUAUAUUUUAAACAUUUAAUAUAUCUUGACCAUGCAAAACUAACUUGACCCUCACGCCUCUCUUAAAAUAUCCUCUUUUUAUUUCCUAUAAAUCCCUCUGCUUUUUCCUUUCAAUUUUCUUCAUAAUUCCAACAAAUUCUAUUUUUCUUUUGCUACCAUUUCCAUUUCAUCAGCCUCCAUCCCACGAGCUUGUUAUUACCCUCUCAUUAAAGUAACAAUGGCUCGUUUUGAAAUGAUGCUUUUCAUUGCUUUGGUUAUUCUAUUAGUCUGUACUGCACCAUGUUUUGAAGCAAGAAAACUUUUGAACAGCAAGGAUAAGAAGAAUACUGAUUCAGCUCGUUCUCGAGAAGCUAAUUUGCUAUUAAAUGCCCUUCCCAAAGGAAAAAUCUCACCUUCUUCACCGAGCAAAAGAGGUCACGCCGCAUUUGUUAAUUAUAAGAAAAAGCAAUAUGCUGGCGGCCAUGUUGAUCGCAAUUUGGAGUCAGUCCCAAGUCCUGGAAUCGGCCAUCGGGCAAUUCGUGCACGGCUCUUCUGAUUUUGCAGUGGGAUGUAUUGUAAUAUGUACAAUAGUGUUUGAUAAUUUUAAUAGUACAUAUGAAUGCGAUGAGAGUUUGAUUCAAUAGGAGAGAUGUCUCAUGAUUUUUAACGGGUAGGUCGAGAGCUCAAGUCACAUAGAAGAUUAAUCGAAAAUGGUCGUUAAUUAAUUACCUGAGACGGGUGGGAAAAAGGCACUAUUUUGGAUGCUGUUAGUAGUAGUAUUGUUGGUAUUCUUGAGAUUUUGACUGUGAAGUACUAUAUAAUAGAUCUUUGAUU